ACUUGUUCAAUGACACACUGUCAGCACAGAGAGUGAUAGUAAAGAGAGGGAGCCCGAGAGAACCUUGUUUUAAGACACACAUCUCUUCCAUUAUGACUCAGUGUGCCAAGAAACACGAAAAAACAACUGAGAGACGGAUGACCAUGGAAAUGGUUGAAUCACAACAGGAUGAUAACGCAGUGGAUUCUAUGCCAGAUAGAGACGCUGUUCACAAUCGCUGUCAGCCAGACAAACAUGAGAUUUCCUCAGUAUCUCAGGUAGCAUCGAUUGCAGACGACUCUGCAGAAUCAGAAGAGAUAACUGAUACUCAAAAACGUAGGGAAAUACUUUCAAGAAGGCCUUCAUACCGAAAAAUUUUGAAUGAACUCUCUUCAGAUACUCCUGCUAUCCCAAGGAUUGAAGAAGAAAAGUCAGAAGAAGAAGGAGCUGGAAUUUCUCCACUGUCCAUGCCAAGCAGCCUGUAUCAUUCUAGCACAGGGCAAUUCAUUACUAUAACUCCAAGUGGUACAAUCCAGAUUUCUAAUCCACCUUCUGAUGGUGCCCAGGGACUGCAGACGUUAACAAUGACAAAUUCAGGAGCUCCUCAGCCGGGUGCUACCAUUGUGCAAUACACAGCACAGUCAUCUGAUGGUACACAACAGUUUUUUGUUCCUGGAAGCCAACUUGUUGUUCAAGCUGCCACUGGAGACAUGCCAUCUUACCAGCUUCGGACUCCCACUACUAACUUACCUCAGGGAGUGGUAAUGGCAGCCUCACCAGGGGCUCUGCAUAGUCCUCAGCAACUGGCAGAAGAGGCAACGCGCAAGAGAGAGCUGCGACUUAUGAAAAAUAGGGAAGCUGCUAAAGAAUGUCGACGUCGGAAGAAAGAAUACAUAAAAUGUCUGGAGAGUCGUGUUGCAGUGCUAGAAGUUCAGAACCAGAAACUUAUAGAGGAGCUUGAAACCCUUAAAGACAUUUGCUCUUCCAAAGCAGAUUAGUAAAAAUAUUUAUUAUACUGUGAACUGACCUAAAAUAUGUCCGGUUGCUUUAUAAGGCAAUACAUGGCCAACAUGAAUUAUGGCUUUCUCUGUGUCAUUUAUAUUAUAUUCCAACUUCUAACAUUCCUGAAAUGCUUUCCUGCUUUUUGUCAAUUCAUAGCUCUGCUUACAGGUUUUCCACGUUCCACCCUUCCAUCUCCCAAGGAGCCAAAUAGGUUUAAAAAAAAAAAAAAAAACUAUCAAAAUGAAAAAACCCAUAAUUUCUAAGAGCUGUUUCUUUGCCAUAUAUUUACAUGCUACUUUUUACAUGUACUGCUAGUGUUCUGCACAUGCAAAAUAUUUUACAGCUGUUUCAAAUGAAUCAUAAAGAUAAUGCAUCUGGUAAUAUGAGAAAAAUCAAAUAACUCGAGGUAUCUCAGGAAAGAGUUUAUAAAAGAAUGUUAUGAUUACAUGUAUGUAUUAGCAUACUGGUCUACAAAUGAUUUUAUGACAUAUUUUUAUAUUAGUUGCUUUGUGGAAAGAAGAAGUAUUGUAUCGCUAUCACUGAGUGCCAUGGCUAAAGAUAGUUUUUAAUAGAAUGAUGUUGUUUAA